GCACGUUGGGGCCUUGGGGCAGGAGGAUGGGCUCAGAGACACGUGGUUCCCUUUGGGUCCUCUUAGCCUGCAGUUGGGAUGGCUUGUGCCCGGGAGGGGAGGUUGCCCUUGGCCUUGAAGGUUUCCCAACUGCGCUGACGUAUGCUCUUUCUCUGUGGCAGUCCUUGGCUUUAAGGUGAAUUUGGCUGCUCGCAUGAUGAUGGCCUACCCAGGGAUGGUGUCCUGUGAUGCAGAGACGUAUGCAGCCUCUCGCCUGCCCAGCUACUGCUUCAAAGAGUUGCCACAGAGAGACAUGAAAGGUGUUACCAAUCCCGUCACCAUCUAUCAAUACAUGGGGAUCACCAAGCACCAAUAUGACAUGGGCCUUGCCAAGGAGAGGUCACACUACGGUCCCUUGCUGGGUCGGGAGGAGGAGAUCGAAAUCUUUGACUGCUGCUUGGAGGCCUACGAACUUCUGGAAGAACCAUACACGGUGGCAUUUGUGGGCAUUCCAGGCUCUGGAAAGAGCCACUUACUU